AUGAAGUACAAUGUGUCACCAGAAAACAGAACGGCCGGGAUAACCCCGGUCUCAGCAGUGACUCUGAGCAGUAACGCGUCCUCCGCAGAGCUUUGGGCAGAACAGGACUCGGUGUCUCUCCAUUGCUCAUCUCAGGGUUCAGCCAUCACCUUCACAUGGAGCCUGGAUGGAAAACCAGUGUCCUCAAAGUCUCCAUAUUACAUUACUGAGAGCAAGUCUCCUCCGUACUCCAAUCUGACCAUCAGCCCGGUCUCCAGGAACGACGGUGGACCCUUCACCUGUACAGCGUCCAACCUGCUGAAUAGCGAGACCAGCAAUGACCUCAGCUUCAGUCUCAACUGGCGCCCGGGUGGAGAAAUGUCAUGUCCAGUAACUUCUAAUGGCGAUAUUUUGAGCCUUGUCUGCUCUUGGGAAAAUGGUCGACCUCCCGCCAAUGUGACGAUGACAUUUAACGGCACAACAGGGAUGAAUCCAAACAUCGUGACCAGGAAUGUGUCCUCCAAGACUCUGAUCUGGGGCUCAGUCCUCAACUGCAGGGGUGAUCAGCUGGGGAAGACGUCAAUCUGUCAGAAGAUCCUGGAGCCUCCAUAUUCUCCAGUACAUAAUAAUACAAUAGAAGUAGUACCAGAAGGAGGUAGUGUCACCCUGACGGUAUAUGUAACGGCGAGACCUACUUACCGUAUAUCUUCUAAGAUCCUCCCGGCGACCUUCACCUGGUAUAUGAACAAGACGGAAAUAAAGAGCGGCGUCACCUCCACAUAUGAUUCAUCCAACCUCCACAUCUCCGAGGUGAAGCAGGCGAAUUCUGGAAGAUAUGAAUGUACCGCCAGAAAUGUGAUCGGGAGCGAGACCUUCAUCUUCAAUGUCAACGUGAAUGCAAAAGCCGUUCCUCCUAAAAAUGGCCUUGAUGGUGGUGAAAUCGCCGGCAUCGUCAUCGGCGUCCUCGCUGGGCUGACCAUUAUUGGGAUCAUCGUCUUCUUCAUUGUGAAGAAAAGGUCGCAUACUGGUGACGCUGCACGAAACAUUUAUGAAAAUGCAGAUUUCAGACCAGACCUCACCUACGAAACUAAACUGCCGGGAGCGAUGGUCAACCCAGCAACACAGAGGAAGGAAGAAUCUAAUUAUCAGGAAUUCAUCCCUCACAAUGAAGCAGUGUACCGCAAUGUGCUGCCCGGCCCCCGACGAUGAGUGCGUUUUUGAACACCUUAAAGAAGAUCUCCAGCAAAACCCAACUGUUCAUCGCUGCAGCCCCCACCUGAUGGCGCUCUGCACUCUCUUCUGAGACAGUCAUGCUACUGAAAAGUGCAACUAAUCAUUGACCUCUGAGGCUACAAAGCAGCUGCUAAUCGAUGGCCUGCAGGCGCCAAAGAUCUCAGCUUGUUAUGGGCCGGCUCCAUAGUGACUAAAGUGUGAAGACCUCCUGUUCUGUGUCCUAUUAAAUCCUGGAGGCUGGCUGUUCUUUCACCAGACCUCUAACAUCCAGCAUGGCGCGU